GGGAAAAUAUGGCAGCUUCCACCGCUAACAGUUUGGACAUCUCAGCGUCUCUCGCUGGGGUUUUAAAUGAAAAACUUUGCCCUGAGCAUUUGCAGCUAUUAAAAGCGUUUACAAAUGCCCUCCGGGAAUCGGAAUACAGGGAUGCAGUCGAGGAGGAGGCGUUCUCCAGUCUUCUGAAGGUCCUCACCAGGUUUGAAGACCUGCAGAAGGGCCGAAGCGGUGAGGAUCUGCAGACUUUGACCUUGCAGCUCCAGAUGACCGCUGAGUGCUUCAGAUCCCUGAGGAACUCGUGUGUACAAAGUACACGCAACCAAAAACUUCUCGGGGAACUUGGUUUUGUUGACGUUUCCCUGAAACUCUUGCGUUCCCUUCAGACCUCAGAUUUGGGAAGCGGAGACGUCAAAUAUGAUCCUCUUCGUUGUGGGAUCCAGUUUCUUGGAAACUUAGCCGUUGGAAACCAGACGAGUAAAGUUGAAAUUUGGCGACUGAGCUUCCCUGAUYUUUUCCUGCAGCUGCUCAGUCUGGAUGAUGACAAAGUUGUGAACUACACCUCCAUGGUUCUCCACACGUGUCUGGAUGAAACCAAAGUGGAAGAUCUGUCGAAGCCACAGAACAUCAAGUUGGCGCUCAGAGUGAUGGAGCUCUGCAGGACCCAGCCAGACCUGGACUGGACGGUUCUCAUUGCAACCCAACAUUUCCUCAAGUCCUCAGCUCUGGUGGAGAGCAUGUAUUCUGGGAUGUCUCAUUAUGAAAGGGUCACUCUGUUGGAGCUGCUUAACGCUCAGCUACGAGAGGAGGACUCAGGGGGAUGCGGCGUCCCGCCUGGCGUGGCUCGUUUCCUGGCCGGUUCCUUCCAGAAGGGAUGUGGAUCUGUUCUAACACUGGCGACAGGUUCUGCUUCCAGUGACGAGGUCCUGCAGGAGGCGCUGACGGUGAUCGGCCUGCUGGACGUUCUGUGUGAGAUGACCUCGGACCACAAGCAGUUUAUGUUCCUGCAGGACCAUCCGGACCUUCUAGAUAGCACAGUUGAGCUCCUGAUGCAGGUGCACGCCAUCGGCAAGGCCAGUAAGAACAUUUUCAGCGCCACUCAGAACUUCUCCUCCCUCGUUCACGACGGAGACCCUUCGUCUCARUCUCCUGUCGUCAGCUUCAAGGCCCACCUCAUCCGACUCGUAGGGAACCUCUGCCACAGCAACACCAACAACCAGAACAAGGUGAGAGAACUGGACGGCAUCCCGCUCAUAUUAGACAACUGCAACGUCGACAGCAGCAAUCCUUUUAUCAGCCAGUGGUCCAUCUUCRCCAUCAGGAACCUGCUGGAAAACAACCUGCAGAACCAGGAGCUGGUCGCCGGCCUGGAGCGGCGCGGCCCGGCGGACUACUCUGCGCUCAGGGAGUUGGGCUUCCUGGUGGAGGAGCGGGACAGAAACCUGCUUCUCAAACCUUUGAGGAAAGAUGCCUAAAGACCAAAAAGACAAGAACCCUCAGGCAGGUUUCACAGGUCUCUCUCUUUGUGUUUAAAAACCCUAUAGACGCUACCAAGUAGUUCAAGUUCUUUCACACUGCAGAUUAAUUAGAAAAGCCUUUUAUUCUUUGUGCGCUCUGCAGGGCUAAAGUUAAUAAUCAAAGACCCAUGAGGUCUCCGCUCCUGCUUUGUCUCAGUCCCGGUCCGGGAAAUGAGGAGUUUGUGAGCGGCGAGCGCAUGCUGAUAUGUUUUAGAAAGGCUGAAUCCUUUGGGUUUAAUGCAGAAACAAAGAGCUCCGCCGUGUCUUCGGCUCGUUUGCCUUUCAGAGGCGGCGAUGCCACCAGCGGGAGGUGGAAUUUAAUCGCAGUAACCAUGACAGAAUGACUUAAACACGACAUAAUCUACCCCUGCCUGGCCUUUUCUUAUAAAACGAUGACAUCAUGGCCACGGGAUGAAGAGCUGCUUGUCUGAACGAACAUGUUGUUUAAUAUUGCAACCACAAUUUAACAAAAGUACAAUUAAAAACAAAAUUAAAAACCUCA